AUGGAACCCAAAAAUUAUACCAAAUUUUCAGUAUUUCAUCUUAUAGGCUUUUUAGAAAAUCCGAAACUGCAGCCACUCGUGUUUGGUCUGUUCCUGUCCAUGUACCUGAUCACUGUGCUUGGGAACUUGCUCAUCAUUGUGGUCACAAUCUCAGAUCCCCACCUGCACACACCCAUGUACUUCUUCCUCUCCAACUUAUCUUUUGUGGACAUCUGCUUCACCUCCACCACCGUCCCAAAGAUGCUGUUGAACCUACAGACAAAGAGCAAGGCAAUAACAUAUGAAGGCUGCAUCACUCAGACUUACUUUUUCGCGUUUUUUGUAGGGUUGGACAACUUCCUCCUGGCUGUUAUGGCCUAUGACCGCUUUGUGGCCAUCUGUCACCCCUUGCACUACACUGUCAUAAUGAAGCCCCAUCUCUGUGGGUUGUUGCUGUUGCUGUCCUGGAUCACAAGUGCCCUGAAUUCCUUGUUACACAGCCUCAUGGUUGUGCGGUUGUCCUUCUGCACAGAUGUGGAGGUUAGAGAUUUCUUCUGUGAACUUAAUCAGUUGGUUCACUUAGCCUGUUCGAACACUUUUCUUAAUAAUAUGGUGAUGGAUUUUGCAGUUGCCUUGCUUGGUGGUGGUCCCCUGAUUGGUAUCCUUUACUCUUACUCCAAGAUAGUUUCCUCCAUUCAUGCAAUUUCAUCAGCUCAGGGGAAGUACAAAGCAUUUUCCACCUGUGCGUCUCACCUCUCAAUUGUCUCCUUAUUUUACUGUACUAUUGUAGGCGUGUACCUCAGUUCUAUUGUGACCCCAAACUCUCACUCAACAGCAAUGGCCUCGGUGAUGUACAGUGUGGUCACCCCCAUGCUGAAUCCCUUCAUCUACAGUUUAAGGAACAAAGACAUCAACAGGGCUCUGAAAACAUUUCUUGAGAAAGAAAUUACUAAGUCACUCAAUAUCCUGAGCAUAAGGAAUUGCUGUUUAUUCUAUGACUGA